GUAAACAAGUAUGGGUACAUCCAAAACAUAUCCCCCGUCAAAACCGCUGCAAGGUCCAGACAUGAUUGGUUUGACUUUCACCUGCAAGUUUCACCGACUAAAGUGCAAAGAGUAGUUGGAUUUGACAAAACAAAACAUCAUCCCAAGAUCAAGGACUUCCAAGAAACCAAGUCUCCCGUCUUGUUAAAGAAUCUUCUUAUACCAGAUGAUGAAGACAACGGCUGGCUUUUCAACCAGCAAUCCUAUGUUUCGCAGUGUGCAAAUGCUGAUGUACCAUUCUCCUAUGUACCAAAUUUUGUCAAGUCAGAACGUUCCGAAUCAACAUCACAGGAAGCGUCUGAUGUCUCUUUACGAGAACUGAAAGAAAAGGCGCCCAAUCAGAAAGUCAGCGUCCAUGCAACUCUGUCAAUGGGAGCCCAGGGACCAAACAAGAUAGAAACCAAAUCCAAGCUUUAUCAAGCUUUAUCUGUCAAAGAAGACUGCAUAUUGGAAGACGAAACGGGCACAAUGGAACUCCACAUAUGGGAACCGUUAUUUACACAACUGAAAAGCAACAAGGCCUAUUACUUUCAAAACCUCACACUACGGUAUUAUCAAGGAUCAAAAUUCCUUAGCACCAACAGGAAUACAACUUACAGUGAGGAAACCACAAUUCUCAAAAAAUUAGUGGACCCAGAAAUAUUGACAAAUACAGACAGAGAGAUCAUUGCAAGUCAACUAAAAUAUGUUGCCAGUUUAAGCAUUUUUAGUGCAUGCCAACUUUGCAAAAAACGAAUUGGGGAUGAGUCGAGCGAGUCAGUGAGAUGCCAAAACUGCAAAGUACGACAAAGGAUCGUCAACUGCAGGCGGGAAGGCUCUGUCAAGCUGUGUAUUCAACACAAUGAAUCGGAAUUGUGGCUCACUGCAUUUAAAAAUGAAAUCGAAAACCUCCUGAAGAAUACAACAGCAAGUACGAGCAGCACCAUAGACGAAAUAGAAGAUGCCCUUAUCAGCCUAAACGAUGUCAAAUUGAAAUACAACUCCCAACGGAACAUUGUCAAAGAAGUACUAAACCUGUAA